AGACGAAAGUUAACCAUGUUAGAAAUUGACAAAAAAAAAAAAACAUGUUAGAAAGCAUUUCAAAAGCCACGUGCCUUUGACCAAAACGACUUCCAACUUCGAAGCUUCGGAAAGGUCAAGGUUCCAUCGUAUCAAACCCUAAUCUUCCGCUUCAGAACCAAAGCUUCUACUCUAGUCUUCCAAUUAUUGCAAUCGAAUCAACCGGAUCAAUCUCAAUUUCCACUUUAAGGAUGCCGGCAGCGCGGUAUUUUUCUCCCGUAGACACGUUAGAGCAGAAGUUGCAGAUUGAAAGGAAGCUUGGAACUGUGAAAGCGUGCAAGUACUUCAAUCUUCUCACGAGAUUUCUCAGUGUCAAGAUAAGCAAACAUGAAUUUGAUAGACAGUGCAGGGCGACUAUUGGUAGGGAAAAUAUCCAUCUUCAUAACCAUUUCAUAAGGUCAAUCUUGAAGAAGGCAAGUCUCUCCAAGAGAGGCAACAUAAUAGGAAGUUCUUUGAAUGUGAAAAUUCCAAAUGGGUGUAAUGAUCUUCAGUUUCUGUGCAAGGAUUUUCUUCAAUCUCCUCGAAAAGUCAGGACUCCGAGUUUGCGUGACCGUAGAUUCAAGGAUCGUCCCAGCCCUCUUGGUCCUAAUGGGAAGAACGUGAACAUUGGGUUUGAGGAUUCAGUUCGUGAAAUUCAUGAGCAGCAAAGUAAUAAGGAACUAGAUUCUGCAGCUAGCAGGAUUCCCCUCUGCGUGGAAGAUGGGGAGGAGGUUGAUCAAGAUUCUGAGAAGGUGAACAUUUAUAUGAGGAGUCCUAUUCAGCCACCUCUUGCAAUUCCUACCUACAAUAAAGGAACUCGUACACUGUUACAUAAUGGAUUACCAUCUGGCACUGAUACCUGCCAAAGUAUUGGCGAGCUACCUGAUACGCCCUCUUUGACAAAAAGGUUGGAGCAGAAAUUGGAAAUGGAAGGAUUUAAGAUCUCUGCUGAUGCAGCGGCCUUGAUGAAUAAAGCACUUGACACCUACCUCAAAAGAUUGAUAAAACCAUGUUUAGAUUUAGCCGCUUCAAAGGCUGUAAACAGAUCUAAUGGUCCAAUACAACCUGGCUUGAAUGAGCAAAUUGGAUCUGUUUCUGUCUCUGACUUUAGAACAGCAACAGAGUUGAAUCCUAACAUACUAGGGAAAGAUUGGUCCCUACAUUUAGAGAAGGUUACAGGCUCAAUAUUGUAUUGAACAAAGCUUUAUGAGUUUUCCUCCAAGUAAUAAUUAAUAAUAUUGGAAUGGGUUAAUUUA